AGCAUUGGGCAAGCUGCUGCCUUAGCUGAUAUCUCUCAAAGCUGUUCACAAACUGUAACGUAUCGUUGUAUGAAAUCAGUUCUUCUUAAUACACCUAACACCCCCUACGGCUGGUGGGUAUCAAGAAAUGACGAAAAAAUUGUAAGCUGGGGCGGAGCACCUACUAAUUCAAUGAAAUGUAGUUGUGGUGUUACUAACAGUUGUUAUAACAGGACUAAAAUGUGCAAUUGUGACGCCAAUCAUGAUUCAGUACGGGACGAUUCCGGAGCUCUGACAGAUAAGAGCCGCCUUCCUGUCAAACAACUAAAAUUUGGUUACGAAGAUAUUGGAAGCAAUCCACUCGCACUUUAUUCUCUUGGUAAACUAAAUUGUAGAAACAGAGCAAAUCCUAAGCACGUCAUUACGUUUACAACACGCGAGUCAACAGUUCAAUUCCCGACUUGGCAAGCUGAGUUUAAUGGCUACAUAGAACUAGCGUUUAGAUCUAGUAUUAGUAACGGUGUGUUAUUGAAGAACACUGGUAGAUAUGGAUCUUUCAUAAGAUUAGCCGUGCAGCCAAAAUUGAUAACGUUAAAUUACAAUCUUGGGCAAGGUGGCGGCAAUCAGGUUCUUCAAGUGAAAGCCGUAGGUAACACAGGUUUUGACGAUAAUGAGUGGCAUAGAAUUCGACUAUCUUGUGCGUUAUAUCGCACUAGCUUAAAAGUUGACGACCAACCGGAAGCUACAAAUUCUUCU